AUAAAAAUGUACAAAUUAAACAAUCCACCUCAACCUCCUCCAAAAGAUAAUAAUGAUAAUAUCAUGAACCCUGCUUCUGCACCACCUAUUCCAAGUGAGGCUGAUCCCAAGGCCGCCAAGCAAAGAGCUACUGAACAAAAGUACCAGUUAUUCAGCACUUGGCAAGCUAUUCAACAAGGAAAGAUGCCUCAUAAUGCUCAACUGGAUGAAAUGUUGGAAAAGUUGAUCCAAAACAAGGUUAUCUCUUCAAGAGAGCAUUUGAUCUCUGAAGACGGAAAGAAGUUAUUGAAUGAUCUCCGUGAUCUGUUGCAGACUGUAAGAAAGACUCUGUCUGUGAAGAAUAAAGAUGAGCUGUUCCAGUCUUUGGUUUAUCAUCUUCACUGCAUGGACACGCCUAUAUCAACAAGCGAUAUAACUGGAACUCUUAAGGAAAAACACGAUAAAGAAACAUUAAAGUCUGAAGGAAAGAAAGCCUCUGAAUCCCUUAUGAAGAUUACAAAAUUGAUGUUAACCAAUCAAGAAUUCCGCUCUCUCCUGGGUGAACUGAUUGAAGUCUCUCAAGACAUCUUCACUAAUGUCACCUCCAAGGUGGGCGACUCACUUCAAGGCGCUGGUGAUAGCCUUCAAGACGAUCAAAAGCAAACAUCUGACCGAUCUGGAAAAGACCUGGUCGAUAACGUCCUUGACCGUGGUCUUGAGGCCAUGGACAGUCGUGGUAAAGAAGUGACCGGCGACGAGCCAAGACGAAAGAGUGGUGAACUGCUGAGCACGGAUCCUAAUGAUCCCAGACAUGUCGGUCUUAUGAGCACAGGCGAUACUGUUCACCCUAGUGCUAUCCCAAGAAACGAUUUACCUACCACAUCUGCCACUGAAGCUACGGUUCCUCCUUCGGCUUCUCAAACCGCUGAAAAUACCGCUAGGAAUAAAGAUUUGACAUCCAGCGACCGUACUCAAGAGAUGCGUGGUCAGGCCGAAGAGAACAAGAAUAAGUUUAAGGACAAGGCUCGCUACCAUUUGGACGAGCACAAGAACCAUGCUCGUCAAACCGUGAAUGAGAAGCUUCCACAGGAAAAGCAAGAUGAGCUCAUUGAACGCCUUCGAUUGGUCCUUGCUCAAGUUCAAAAGCAUCCCGAUUACCAAGGUGCUAUUGAAACACUCAUCCAAUUGAUCAAGACAUGGUCUUCUCGUUUAUCCCAAGUCUCAGAGGAUGUCAAGAGCAAAGCACAAACUCAAGAUCAUCCCGAAAAGGCCAGUUAUCGUGAGACAGCUGAGCGUGAACUCAAGGCCAUCAUCGAAUGCUGGGCUCAAGGUCAAUCUAUCGAUCCUUUGUUGCGUGGCGUACAGAAUGUGGUGAAUGACAUGAAAGAAGACCGCGAACUUCGUGACUACUACAAUAAUGUGUUGCGCUAUGUUGAGAAAUUGAUGCGUGAACCUGGCUACGCUAGUCGCGAUGAAUCUACUGAUGAAGGAAGACGCUUGAUGGACCGUGGCCAUGAAGUAAUCCGUGGCAAGUACGAUGAUCAUCUUCGUUUCUUAAACUCUGAAUCUCGUCGCUACAUGAACUUGAUGGCAGAAGAUGAAAUUUCUUCUGAAAUCAGUGACCGUAUUACAACCAUUCACCGUGAUUUAUGGAUGGACAGUGAAGGUAACCCUUCAUUCAAGCCUCAUCUCUUGAAUGAUAUGAAGCUGACACUCUUACCUGCUUUCAUUGACGAAAUUCACUAUAUUCCUGUUCCUCGAAUUGAACACAGUGAUCGACAAUUCGAUGUUGUGGUUGAAAACCUUGUGAUCUCUGGUGAUUCAUUACUCCCCAAGGUAUUUGAUACCAAGGUCGAAGUCUUCAACAGCUUCAGUUUCUUGACCGAAACACCUUCAAGACCAAGCAGUCAAAGUCUCUUGAUCCGUAUGAGCGAAAUUCAGGCCGACGUGGACGAUGUCGUGUUCUGGUUUAAUAAGAAGACCGGAUUUCCUAAAAUUCAAGAUCGUGGCGUGGCUUCUUUGGCUGUAGGAGGCAAAGGUAUCUCUAUUGUUCUUCGUAUUCGUAGCGUGGUAGAAGAUCCUAGCAAGACAUUCAAGGUGGACUAUAUCAAGUGUAAUGUCGACAAAUUAAAGGUCAAGGUGAAUGACACCCACCAUGAUGUCCUCUACAAGAUGGUUCUUCCUCUUGUCAUGGGUACCAUGCGUCGACAAAUGGCCAAAGCCAUCGAGAAUGCUGUUGUUGAGAAACUGAAUGCCAUCGAUCAACGUAUCACACGCAGCAUUGUUGACUUCCAUCAAGGAUUGCAAAACAGAGCAUAUGAAGCAUUGCCCGAAAGCGAAAAGCAAAAGACCGAGCCUUACAGAGUAUCUCAGAACCGUCCUCGUCCUGGUUUCUGGUCUACGAUUGUUGCCCUCAUCAAUAAUAACAUCAAGUCCAAGGUUGAGACCCGAAAUAUGAAAAAGCAGCAGGACAAAAAGAGUCAAAAGGAACCUGAACGAGCAGAUACAUCAACAAGAAGCAUUCCUCCUGCUAGCAUUCAAACCGGUCGCCCUCUUCGCGACACGGUAGAUAGUCCUCAUAGUCCUCCCUUAUCUCCUACCAAGUUACAGCAUGAUCAUAGCAAGGACUAUAAGACAGCUUACGAUCUAUCUGAGGCCCAGCUUGCUUGUCCUAUUACAAAGCCUUAAUCAUUAUGUGUGUGUAAAUAUGAAAUAUGAUCUUAUUUUUUUUGUGUGUAAUAAAAAAAAACAUUAGUCAGUUAUUAAUAAUUUUCUGUAAAUGAUAAAUGCGCGCAUUUAUA